CUGAAAAGAAAAGGUUAUAGUGAUUUUGCGCUGCGUCGCGGUUCAGUGAAAUUGUGAAUUUUCUAAAGGAAAACCCAAGAAAAAAUCCUAAUAAGUGUGUAAAAAGCACUAAAAACGUGUUAAAAGGCAUUGCCAAAUAUCGUCAAAGUGCGCGAAAUUCUUUUAAAGGUUCAAAAUAGGAAAAUUAUACAUACCACCCCCAGUGAAAAGUUGUGAAAACACAGCCAUACAAACACCAAGUGAAAAAGCGGAAAGCUUUUUGCAGUGUAAAAAGGCAAUACAAUCAAAUUUAGUGCAAACAAAUAAAACUAAAGCAAGCAAAUAUUUGUGAAGAUAAACACCGAACAAAACUGCUAGGCCUUCCCUUUUUGUCUCAUAAAAUUAUUUAUUAAGCACCUUCAGUAAAAGCGUCAAGACGCCGCCAACAGCGCCAGCUUCACCCCCCGCGGAGCAUACGUGCGUGAUGCGUGACCUCGGCACCAAAAUGGCCGAGCUGAAAUUCGAGGCUCCUUUAGCUAAAUUCGAGGAGACUGAUGAAUGGGGCGGUUGUGACUUCAUUACCAAUCAAAAUACGAUUAAUGAUACAUUGAAUUUGAAUCUGAAAGAUUCGUCGUUGAAGCAGGAAAACAAGAUGCGCCUACUUGAAGAGGCUGUGCGUGAUGCACAUGUGAGCCGGAAUGGCGUGCUCAUGACGAACGGCACUAAUGCUGAUAACGCUGAUGGCGGUGCAAUAAGUCCCAAUUGUAAUUCCUUAUUGGCCGCUGAAUUGGGAUUGGAUGUUGGUUUGGCGCCCGGUGAUGAUGGUUGCGAUAAACGUUCCACCGUUGGUGAUACCGUUGAUAACUUUGCUGAGACAUUCGGCGGUAGUCUUGAGGAUUUAGUUAAUACAUUUGAUGAAAAAAUAACCAAAUGUUUCGGAAAUUUCGAAGAGAAUAUUGAGGAUUUGGCACCGGUGCAAGUUCGCAGCCAAGAGGAAAUCAUGAAUGAAUGCCAAAUGUGGUGGACCAUCACUGGCAACUUUGGCAAUAUACUGCCUAUCGAUUGGUCGAAAUCAUUCACACGCCAAAUGCACAUGCCCACAUUGAAUUUGGGCCAAAAUCAGCUUGGUGCCGGUAAUGGCAGUGCUGGUAAUUCGCUUGAUGCCACCACACCGGGUGAUGAAUUGACCAGCGAGGAUGAGGCUGUAGCCAAUGAUCUCGAUAUGCAUGCAUUGAUAUUGAACGGGCUGAAUUCGGAGCAUGAGGAACCCAUUAAAACGGUUGAGGAGGUAAUCAAAGAGAUUGAUGAUAUUAUGGACGAGGCUGAGAGUCCAUUGGAUGAAGCAGAGACCUGUGAAUCGGAAGUGAUAGAGAAAGCUAGAGAGGUGUUGGGUGCGCCAUUGUAUGCGGAGAAAUUGCAAUAUUUAUCGAUAUCACAAUUGAAUGAGCUCUACAUGGAAAUGGAAAUGCUCAUACAGGAACUCAGCGAGACACUAAUCAAUGAAUUGGCGUUGCGCGACGAGCUCGAAUAUGAGAAAGAGCUGAAGAACUCGUUCAUUUCAUUGUUGCUGGCGGUACAGAAUAAACGUCGACAGUAUCAUGUGGAGAAGAAGCGUGGAAAAUUGCAAGGACCGGAGCCAAAGUAUCUGACCACUGUCAUACCUUACCACAUGGAGAAUGGCACACCAAACAACCAGUCCUUGCAAGUGCUAAUCAAAAUACUAAAAGCAAUCAAUGAGGACAGUCCAACCGUACCCGCGCUGCUAACGGACUACAUACUGAAAGUACUCUGCCCCACAUAAAUAUGCACUGCAUGUGAGCAGUCAGCUGCGUUGUUAGGUGUUUUAGUACGUAAUUGCAGUCGAUACAUUUAGAACAAAAAAGAAUACAAAAUACAACAAAAAAAAGAAUAGAAAACUCAUAUACAUUGAGUAAAGAAGAGAAGCUAAUUUAAAUGAACAAUUCUAAGUUAUAUAAAAAAUAUAUUUCUAAUUAAUGUUUUUCUAUUUUUAGUUACUAAUUAAAAGCAAAAACUAAAACAUGCGAGUAAUAAUAAUGCAUAAACAUAGAAGAUUUUAAUUAAAAACGUAACGAGUACCAUAUAUAUGUAUGAGUGUAUAGUUUAUAGACCGUUAUUUUUGCCGGCAUUAACGAGCGCUAACAAUAUCGAAGCGUGCGGGUUAUUUAGUGCUCUUGGAAAGCGAGAGUUUUCAAUAUGCAAAAAAAUUGUUUGUACACCCGAAAGGAUAAUGCAUGAAUUUCGACGGAAAUAUAUUCAUAAGCAGGCGUGAAAUUAAUGAAAAAUUGUACAAUUGGGAAAAGUUAUUUAAAUUUAAGAUAACUGCUAUGCAAAUUAAAUGCGCAUUGCAAAAUCUGCGCGCUGAAGAGCUAGUGAAUUUCAUUUAACCUAAACUGCCUACAAUCAAUAAUAAUUUAUUUAGGUCUUUUGGUAGAAAUAAUAAUUGUUGGAGCGUAAAAAUUAAUUUGUAUCGCAGAAAGGAUAUUAAAGCCAUAUAAAAUAAUUUUCUGUGCAAGAUUUUAAAGCUAUAUUCGAUACUUUUUUGUUAAAAUUAUUAAAAGCAGCAAACUUGCACGUUGCUUGGCUGUUAAUUUUUUCCACAAUAGUUUUAAAUUGCUUCAAAAUAUUCGUAAACACAACAAAGUGUUAAAGUAAAAUCAGUAAAAUACUAAAAAACUCCUUAUGACAAAAACAUUGAAAUUCUUUUGCAAUGAGCACAAAAAUAAAAAUACAGCUUCGAUAUUAUUUGCUCACGUAUGUAUGAAUACAUACAUAUAUCGCAUGUCAAAAAUAUUUUGCGUAAAGCAUGCAUGUAAGGUAUGCAUGUACAUAUUAAUGCCGCAAAAAUUAUUUAUAAAAACAACUUACAUCCAUAAUUUUGUAAAGCUUAAUGUAAUUAAUUGUAAUUUAUUAUUUUAUAAAAUCAAUUAGCUGUGUUGCUUUGCGUGUAAGUCAAAAAACAUUAAAAUAACAGUUAUUUGAAAAAUGCAUAAUUAUAAACCUACUUAGAUAUAUACAAACAUAUGCAUAUACAGUGUGUAUUGUGUGCAUUUGCGCAAAAAAAGCGAAGACAAAAUACAAAACUUGCAUUUUUUGCACACUUUUCUUUAAUAUUACAAGCGUUUAUUAGCCGAAUUUAUUCCUUGUGUACUCAUACUGCCUUGUAAGAAAAAUGUGUAAUUUUGAAAGCAUUUGCAAUUUUUUUCUUCUAAGUUGUUACCAUAUAUGUACAUAUGUAUGUACAUACAUUGCUUUGAGAAAUAUUUCCAAUUAACGUUUAUUAAAAAUAAUGCAUUGCGUUUAAUAUACAUAUGUAUAUGGAAAUAAUUGAAUAUUGCUAUUUUAUACUUUUCGAGCGAUUUUUCAACACUUAUGUUUUUUCAUAUUUUAAUUUUAAAAAUUUUUGCCUGAAAUAUUUUGUGUAUUAAUUUUUUAUUUCAGCAAUAUUUGUUUAAAAUAUUUAUAUAUAAUUUUUAUAACUUGAAAAUUUUUAUAAUUCUUUAAAAUUUACAUUUUUUCGCACUUUUUAUAUUUUUUAAUAUUUUUUAAAAACCGAAAAUUAAUUUUUGUAUAUAAAGUUUUUCAUUUAUUUUAUGUAUAUACAUAUGUAUAUUGAGGUUGAUUUCUGCUAUUUAUGCAGUAUAUGAUUUUUUUUGUUACUAAAUCCUUAAUUCACACUUCCGUACAUUAUUAUUUUAUGUGUUGCAAUUUUCAAGUAAUUUUGAAAUUAAUUAAUUAGUUGUUUAAAAUUUCAUAAUAAUCAUAAUAAUUUAAAUGAAAUAAGCUAAAUAAAAAGUAGCUAUUAAUUAAUUUACAGUGGCCAUAUUAAUGCUUUCAAUAUUGUAAAAAAAUAAUGCAAAUAAUACAACAAAAUCUUUAUUAAAAUAUUUUUAGCCUUAAAUACAAAAAUUAAAAUAAAUUCAUGCAAAAAAUAAUGUUUGCUUAAAGUUUUAAAAAAUAUGCAUACAAAAUAUAAUUUUUGUUUAAAAUUUUAAUUUUUAAUUUGAUGAAAAUUAUACACAUAUUUAAAUUUUUAAUUUGAUGAAAAUUAUAUACAUACGUACAUAUACGCAUUUAUCCACUAAAGUCGCGUACUCACUCUAAAUUCUCUAUAAAAAUCGGUUGAUUAGUUUUAAAUAUGUAUUUGCUAGUGCUUUUUUCACUAAGUUAUUGCAUACUCUGCUAUUAAUCAUUUUUUAAUUUAAUCAGCUAAUAUUUUUUUACGAAUUGGCAGUUCACCGAGUCUUCAACUCAAAAGCUUUUAACGAAAUACUCUUAUUUUGUAUGAAAAAUGUAAUAAGAAAACUAUUUCUUCCUACGCACUGUGUUAUUUUUAUUUUAGUAAUUAUAACUAUUGUUAUUAUUCUUAUAACGUUGUUUUUUUCAAAACUGCAGCAAUAUUUUGUAUUGUUUUUUAGAAUAACAGUUGUAUAUGUA